UUUUUUGACAGUACUCCAUAACCUUAUAAUUCUGUGACCUAGUUGACUAUUCAUUAAAUAAAAAUCAAACUUGCCACUCUUACAAGCCCGUAUUAAUGAUGUAAAAUCUAAUAAAUUAUUAUUUAAUUUAGAAAUUAAUCCUUAGUAUUUCAACGUUCAAUAAUGGAUCAUAAUCAGGGUGAGAAGUUUUUGGAGGGGAAAGAUGAGUUUCUCGAUGAAAAUAGUAUCAAAAUAGAAACAAUAAAAGAAGAGAUGAAGGAAGAUUUCGUGGUAAAAUGUGAAUAUUGUAAGGAGUCUAUAAGUGGAACAAUCUGCAUUCAUAAUAUGAAAUUUGCAGGUUCUGAUGGGGACGUAAACUCUGAAAUAACGGAUAAUCAGUUUAUUACAGCCCAAGAACUGGAAGAUUCGAAAGUCAACUGUAGUGAUUUAAAAUUCAAACUAAACCAGGAAAGUUUCCUUGAUAAUAAACAGUUUUUGUCAGUUAACAGGGACUUUGUCGAGGGUGAAACAGAGCAAGAUUUUGGGACUGAAGAAAGACUACAUACAGAAGAAAAACCCAUUCAGUGUAACUUUUGCUCCAGAUCAUUCACUCACUUUAGGUUCUUGAAGAACCACGAAAGAAAUCAUAAGACAGAAGCAUCACAUAAUUCUACAAUUGAUUUAGAAAAGAAAAGUUAUGAAUGUGAAACCUGUUUAAAAACAUUUUCUGAUAGUUCUGCUUUGGAAGUGCACUCCAUAAUUCACACAGAUCAGAAAUCCUAUAAGUGCGAAAUCUGUUCGAAAUUGUUUUGUGAUAGGUCUGCCUUGGAUGUUCAUUUGAGGAUUCACUCGAGGAAAAAAACUAAUAGAUGUGAAAUAUGUUUUAAAACAUUUUGCGAUAGUUAUAGCCUAGCAAGGCACUUCAAAAUUCACACAGGAGAAAAACCUCAUAAAUGUGAAGUUUGUCCAAAACUUUUUUCUGAUGUUUCCAACUUACAGAGGCAUUUGAAAAUUCACGCAAGAGAUCCAUCAUAUCCAUCAUACAAAUGCAAAAUUUGUUCAAAAGUGUUUCUUGACGGUUCCGACUUGCAGAGGCAUUUAAAAAUUCAUGCAAGAGAUACAUCAUACAAAUGCGAAAUCUGUUCAAAAGUGUUUCUUGAUGUUUCCGACUUGAACACGCAUUUAAAAAUUCAUGCCAAAGAUACAUCAUAUAAAUGCAAAAUCUGUUCAGAAUCAUUUUCUGAUAGUUAUGGCUUAGCAAGGCAUUUCAAAACUCACACAGUGGAAAAAUUUCGUGAAUGUGAAAUCUGUUCAAAACUUUUUUCUGAUGUUUCCAACUUCAAGAGGCAUUUGAGAAUUCACGCAGGAGAUAAACGAUACAAAUGCAAAAUCUGUUCAAAAUCUUUUUCCGAUAGAUCUUCCUUCAUUGUGCAUUCAAGAACUCACACAGGUGAAAAACCAUUUGAAUGUAAAGUCUGUUCACAAUCCUUUUCCCGUAAAGAUGUUUUGACAAGGCACUCCAAAAUUCACACAAGAUUAAAAUCAUAGAAAUUGGAAUAUAAUUGAAAUCUUCAUGAGAUAAGUUACAUAUACCUUGAUAGGUAGAAUUGGACUUGUACGGAUAGAGUGAAAAUAAUACUUCACAAUAUACACAACACCAACAUUUAACAGCUGGUACGACAGAUAGCGAAGUAUAAACUGGAUCAGAAAAUGACACUCCAGUAGAACAUAAUUGGACUUUGUUGAAUUUCACUUUCAUUUAUUUACAUUGUGGAUGUAAGAACAAUUUUAUUGAAAAUUAAUGAAAUGUUGAAAUUUUUUUAAAAUAAUUUCAAUGAUUUUAACAUUUUAUUCAUUUUUAUUAUAUUUAUUCUUUCAGAGAUUUCGAAUCUUUAAACACCAUUUUAGACCUGUAACAUUGUCAACCACUUAAAAACAAUUAUUGUGAAUUUGUUGUCAUUGUACGUAUCAUUAUUUUUUACUUUGGUAUUUAAUAAAUGAUUUGUGAAUUUUGGUUGAA